CUUCCGGUUCAAUUCCGGGUUUGAUCGCAGCGACACUGACAGGUUGGAAACAGUUAGCUAGCUGCUUAACGAUCGUACGUAGAGUGUGAGUCGCAUAUUUACCCACGACAGUAGUUACGGAAACAGUCAAACCGCCUGUCACAUGAGUCUCUCCACGUGUCGACAUGGACAACCGCUGUUUCUGUUGUGCAUCAAAGUUCAGCCUGUUCAAGAAGGAGCUGGGCUGUAAGAACUGCGGCCGCUCCUUCUGCUCCGGCUGUUUGACGUUCAACGCUGCGGUCCCUCGCUGUGGCAACACCCAGCAGAAGGUGUGUAAACAGUGCCAUGGCAAUCUGACAAGUGGGGAGUCUCAGAACAGUGCUGGAAGAUGGUCUCCUCCUGAGAAUUACAAAAAACGUGUUGCUGCGUUGGAGAGCAAACAGCAGGGUCAGUCGUCGCAGCCUCUUGCACAUGGAGGCAGCAGACUCGGCAAAGCAGGUGUACCAACCAAAGGCCUGAGUAAAGAAGAUCAGGCUAUUGCUGACAGACUUCAGAAGCUCAAAGAGGACACUGCACCCAAGUCUGUCCCCUCUGAGAAGGAGAUUGAGUCUCGCCUCGCUGCUCUGAAAGCUCCCAGCCGGCCAGUGCCUUCUGCAGUGGAGAUGGAGGAUCGUUUGGCAGCUCUGAGGGGUCACCCUCCACCAUCUCAAGCCCCUCCACCAGUGCACCAGCCUCCAGAUGGCAGGACUCAGACUGAACAAGCCAAUGAUCUGCUCAGUCAGAUGACAGAGGAAGUUGCCAUUGAUGACCAGCAGUCAAAUCCAGAGGGCAAUGUGGAUGGGCGUAUGAACGAUCUCAACAAGGGGGAGGGGGGAAUACUGGAUGAGAAUUUGGAGGAGAACCAGGAUGCGCAGCAGGAUGCGAACAAGCAGCUGGAGGCUGAGAAGGCCCGUCUGCUGGAGGAGGCCAUGGCGGAGCUGAGGACGGAGCAGCAUUCCCAGGAUCAGAUCCUCCACAUGGCCAAGAGACUGGCCCAGCUGAAGGGGCAGGACCCAGAAAAAGUUACUAUGGAGGACUUCCAGCAUCCAGACAGUGAGGAGGAGACUGAGGAAGAAUCUGUGAAGCGAGUUUUGAAACAGCUCUCAGAAGAAGCUGCACUGGAUGAGGCCAGUGGCUACAACAUUCCUUUAGAACAGUGUGGACCAAAGAACACAGAAAAUAAGAAGACAUCAAAGAAACAGGCUCCACAACCAAAGAGUAGGAUUCCGGCUGCGGCUGGAGCGCAUCAGCAAUCAGACAGCGAUGAGGAGGAACUUCCAUGGUGCUGCAUCUGUAACCAAGAUGCCACACUUCGCUGUCACACCUGUGACGGAGACAUAUACUGCAACCGAUGCUUCAGGGAAGGCCAUGAUAAAUAUGACAGGAUGGAGCAUCGCACCACUAACUACACUGCGCCAAAGAAGAAGAGAAAGACAUGAUAGUUGGACUGUGUUGCAGAUAUGUUUGCCUUAUCAGGCUCUUGUCACUCAUCAUCCUUAGAGCUGUGCUUUAGCCUUAAGUGACCUAUUAUUGUAAAAAAAAAAGAUAGAAACACUACAUGUUAUCUAAAGCAGUGCAGAAUGGCUAAUUUUAAACUCUUAACGUAU